CCAUCGCUAACUCACCCAUCCGUGACACCCAUCCGUGGAAUCCUCCCGUGGACACUCGUCGAACGCUAUAUUUCCACCCUUCUCGAUCUUCGAAUCUCUUCUAACUCUACCUCGUUAUCUCGUUCGUUAUCUUGCUAGUCUCCGCCGCCUACCCUAUCACGUUGCCGACCCCUACCCACUAUGACGACCGCCGAGUUGCGGAAGCGUCCGCAGCCUCCGGACACUGUCCCGGGGUCGAAAUCUACCAUCGAUAGUGGUCACCCUGCAGGCGAAGCAAAAUACGGCCGCUUCAGGGCCCUCCUCCGAGCCGUCUCGGUCUCCCUAUACUUUGCAAGCGGCUGUUUGACCAUACACAUUACCCAGAUCCUUGGCGCCCCGAUAUACUACCUCAACCGCGAUUUCUAUUAUGCAUACAUGUCCUUGACGAAAGCGUCCUUUGGUCUGUUGAUAACAACUAUGACUCAGUGGUGGGCGCCUACUGUCAUUAGGAUUAGCGGCGACUCCUCUGUCGCUGGACAGUUCAGUUUAGCGCCGGAUGGUAGAGUCAACUGCGCUUUCCCGGAGCGCAUGGUCAUGAUCGCCAAUCACCAGAUAUACACCGACUGGUUAUACCUCUGGUGGGUAGGAUAUACGGGCAUUCCGCAAAUGCAUGGACACAUCUACAUCAUCCUGAAGGAAUCGUUGAAAUGGAUCCCCGUCAUCGGUCCGGGCUGCAUGUUUCUCGGCUUUGUCUUCAUGUCCCGAAAGAUGGCCGUCGAUCAACCACGCCUAGCCCAUAGACUUGGCAAACUGAAGACGCGGCAUACAGGUCCGGACGGGAAAAGUUAUUUAAAUCCAAUGUGGCUGCUUCUUUUCCCGGAGGGCACUAACCUGUCCGGCAACGGCCGGGAUAAGUCAGCCAGAUGGGCUGCCAAAUCAGGUAUUCGUGACUUGGCGCAUUUGAUGCUGCCUCGAAGUACUGGCAUGUACUUUUGCCUCAAUGAACUUAAGGGGACUGUGGAUUACGUUUACGAUUGCACUGUAGCCUACGAGGGUGUCCCUCGCGGACAAUACGGCGAAGACUACUUCACCCUGUCAAGCACUUUCUUCCAGGGCCGACCUCCUAAAUCUGUCAAUUUCUACUGGAGACGAUUCGACCUGGCUAAGAUCCCUCUGGACACUCCAGAAGCCUUCGACGAGUGGCUCCGUGAGCGCUGGUACGAGAAGGAUGCCUUGCUUGAACAAUAUGUCGCCACUGGACGAUUUCCGGCAAAUGGGGCUGGGAUCAAGGGGCACAUCGAGACGGAAGUGCGGACACAGUAUUGGUGGGAAUUUUUUAGGAUCUUCGUUAUGCUUGGCGCAUUUGGGUUACUGUUCAAUGUCAUGCUCAGAACCCUACGCGUGCUCACUCGUGGUUAGUCCAUCCCCUUUCCCUCCAUUCUUUUCGAAGACCGGUUUUGUGUGGGCGUUGCAUAUGGAAUGGUGAUGGAACAAAUCGGGGUUGAAUUUGAUACCCAAGGCGAUGUCAUGGCGGAAUCGCACAUAUAGGACAGGAGUUUAGAUUGAUGAACUUUGCAUAACGGCAUGAUAUGCAUAACUCUACUCUUUUCAUGGCUCCUCUAAUUACAAGAGGCUGCCUGUGUACUAUGUCACUCAGUUCCAGGGAAUAAUACUGUUAUGCUCUUCA